AUGAGCUCCGGGGCUCAGGAUAGCGGGCGCACCCAUUCUGGAAGUCCGUACAACUAUACAGGCCACAGGGUUAGCCUGACAGGGACUCGUGGAGAGCCAUCACUCCCCAAUGCUGCGGGGUCGGGAGUUCUCGGAACAGGCAGAAAGGUAUCCAUUGACCUCGUUACCUACGUGAAACAGCUUGAGCAGAGGGGCACUUUUGAGAUGAAGCAUCAGGAAGCAACCCUUGAAAGGGCCGGAAACCACGACUUUACUCGUCUCUCUAUGGCACAGCGUCGUAGCCUCGUUGGGAUCCGUGAUCCGGCAGAUGCUACAGCGGAUGAUCCACGGAAGCUAGAAAUCAAAAAGGAGACGGAGAAAGCGGUCGAUCUCCUCGCUUUUGACUACCAUAUGAAGACGGUCAAGCAGGUCCAGGCGCGGCUCGGUGUGGACCCCGAAAAGGGGCUUACGCAGGAACAACGUGAGCUUCUUCUCAAGCAGAAUGGUCCAAACAAGGUCCCCGAACCAAAGAAGCCCAAUGGCUGCGUCCUUUUCCUGAAGACGCAACGCGACUUCUUUGCCAUACUGCUCUGGGUGGCGGCGAUAGUAUCAAUAAUAAGUUUCCUAAUUCAAAAGUAUGUUCAGGGUCACGAGGAAAUGCAUAACAUUUAUCUAGGAAUAGCCCUUAUUUUGAUCAAUAUAAUGAGCGGGCUUAUCACCUACUUCCAAGAAGCCAAAACGACAAGCAUCAUGAGCUCUUUUGCCAACCUUACGCCAAAUAGAGCAUGGGUGUUGAUAGAUGGUAAGGAGGUUGAAGUGGACUCAGAAACGCUGGUCAGGGGCGAUGUAGUGAUUCUCCGCAACGGGAGCAAGAUACCAGCAGAUGUCAGGAUAUUCCAAGCAAACUCUUUGAAGGUUGACAUGUCCAGCUUCACGGGAGAAAGCGAGCCUCAGACCCGCAAGACAGAGCCCAGUCCCGAGAACGUGCAUCCACUAGAAGCGGCUAACAUAGGGUUCUUCACUACCCUUAUUCUCAACGGUGAAGGGCGGGGCAUUGUUGUUGAGACAGGGGCAAACACUAUGAUGGGUAAACUGGCUCACUCCAUUAACUCACAGAAACAGGAAUUGACGCCCAUUCAGGUGGAGAUAAACCGCUUUGUUAAGCUUAUCUCUAUAAUCGCCAUCUGUAUUGGAGUGUUGUUCUUCAUCUUGAGCUUGUCGCUGGGGAUCGAAUGGCUGGAAUCCUUCUUGUUUGGAGUAGGAAUUAUCGUGGCCAACGUCCCUGAGGGGCUGUCUUUGACAAUCGCUGUCUCCCUAACGUUGGCUGCCAAGCGUAUGAAGAAUAAGAAUAUCCUUGUAAAGCAGCUCUCUUCUGUCGAGACAUUGGGCUCUUGCUCUGUAAUAUGUAGCGAUAAAACAGGGACAAUUACGGCCAACCAGAUGAACGUCUCCCAUCUUUGGGCGCCGCGUAAGGAGUUCUUUGAUACUGAGCCUCAACUGUGUGAUUGCAAUCCGAACUUUGCUAAGGGUUCUUUUAGUAUCAGUAGACCUGAGUACCAUCUUUCCAACCAAGACCUGUCCGAAGUUCCCCCACAAUGCAGGCCAGGCAGCUCAUUCAGCUACACAACUACGCUCUCGUGGAGAAUGUAUUACAUCAUUGCCAAACUGUGUUCUCGCUCUAGCUUCAUUGACACUCCUGAAAAUCAAUCUAGCAAUCUGUUCCACAAAGCAGUGAAGGGGGAUGCCUCAGAGGCAGGUAUCCUCCGAUUCACGACUGCCACAGCGGAGUAUUCGUCGCUUGGAAUCUCAUUUACACCGGAGGACAUCGCGCCCAAAAUUGCGGAGUUACCUUUCAACAGCACGAACAAGUUUCAGUCUUCUAUACACGCUCUUUCCGAAGAUUUUCUUCGUCGAGCCUUUGUAUCUAGCAAUCAUAAAAAUCUUUUUGGAGAAGAUGUGAGCAAAUACUAUAGAGACGAGUGUGGACUAGCCAAGGGCGUUCAUCUGGCCGUUAUGAAGGGGGCUCCUGAGCGCAUUAUCGAGCGCUGUACCUACUACCUCAAUGACGACUUUGAAGGCAGCAUCAGCUGUAUAGACCCGAAUACAGAGCAAGGUAUUGCGGAGCGGAACAAGUUCAUGAUAUCGUACUCUGCUGCUUACGAAAGAAUCGCAGGAUUUGGGGAAAGAGUACUCGGUCUUGCAUUUCGGAUAAUACCAGACGGGAAGCGUAGCACUACGCCAAUCGACGGCCUUGAGGGUAAGAUAUUUUAUGAUGCAGAGUCAGUAGACUUCCCUGGGAUUCAUGAAAUGGUUUUCGUAGGGCUUAUUUCCCUCCACGAUCCUCCAAAGGAUGGGGUUCUUGCAUCGGUGCAGCAGUGUUCUAAAGCACAUAUCUCUGUGGCAAUGGUUACAGGCGACCACUAUCUGACAGCGCAAGCCAUUGCAGCCCAGGUGAGCAUCAUCAAGGAUGUUGACGACGUCGAUAUGUAUACGACCCCACAAUCUUUGAAUCUGCAGAAGAAUGAUCCAUUUGUUACACGUUUCAGCUCUGCAGCUGAGCAGUUCCAAAAGCUGGCAGAUAACAAAGCCGCUACCAGCAAUGGCAAUCAGGGUGAUGCAGAGAUUGACGCAACGGCGAAGAAAACAAAGAAAUCCUGGUGUAAGAAAAAGGGUGGAUACAAGGAGGAUCUCAACAAAUUCUCGCGCAACAACCGCGCCCAGUUCUCUCCCUUUCCACCCAGUGACCUCCUCAAGACGUCUGCUGUUAUGACAGGAGAUGUUUUGAUAAACCUUUCACCCUUACAUCUUCAGGAGUUUGUAGCCAUAUACUCUUCAAUUGUUUUCGCACGUACAACCCCGGACCAGAAGCUUGCCAUUGUUGACGCCUACAAGAACAACGGGAAGGUGGUAGCGGUGUCUGGAGACGGCUCCAACGACGCCCCAGCCCUGAAGUGCGCAGACAUCGGAGUAGCCAUGGCUAGUGGAUCCGAUGUUGCUAGAGAUGCUGGAAAUAUUAUUCUUCUAGACAAUAGCUUCAAUAGCAUUGUCACGGGAGUCAUGGAGGGUCGCCUGAUUUUCGAGAACCUCCGCAAGUCUCUAGCCUACACCAUUACGUCAGCGGUUCCCCAACUGCUGCCCUUCCUACUCUUUGUCCUCUUCGGCUUCCCUAACGCCAUGUCUAGCAUAAUGAUCUUGCUUGUGGACGUCUUCAGCGACAUCUGGCCAGCCUUUGCCAUGGCCUAUGAAGGCGAAGAAACCGAUAUAAUGAUAAGGCCUCCGCGUGAUCUGAAGAAAGAUACUCUUAUCGAUGGACGUUUGCUUGGUUUCGCCUACGGGCAGAUGGGAAUUAUACAAGCCCUUGCACUCAUAUGUACGUUUAUGUUAACGAUCCUCUCUGAGAUACGUGCCAGAUUUAUUUUCCAAGAUGAUACUAAAGUUGAUCUUCUUAACACUACAAAACUGUUUGUUGAUAUCAAACACAGUGUGUUUCCUGAGCGGCUUGCAGGCUAUAUUAAGGACUUUCUGAGCAAGAACGGAUCCACAAUAGCAGACUCUUACAGAGGCUCUAUUCCAAUUAAAGACGCAAACGACCUAGAUGCCAUACGCAAAGUUGCUGACGAUAUAUUUUAUUACGGCCAAACCGCAUCUUUCAUCAGUGUUAUAGAAUCACAAUUCUUUGAUGCAAUUGUGUCUAGGACGCGCCUAAACUCCAUAUUCAAGCAGAAAAUGAACUGGAUGAUGCUAGGUGGGCUGUUCCUUCAGAUAGGUCUUGCUGCUGCAUUUGCGUACAUCCCCAUCUUCCACGUCGCGUUUCUAACUCGCUCCAUAUCUGGUAUGUCCUGGGUAUGGACACUUCCGUUCUGUGCCUUCAUGUUCUUCUAUGAUGAAAUGCGCAAGCUCGUUCUCCGUCUAUGCAAUCCAAACCGUAUUUUCGAUCCAUCAAAGCCCAACGAGAGACGUCCCACUGGAAAGAGCGCUAAAGGAAUUAAUAAGCUUCGUGAUAGGACGUGGAGAUACUGGUCUUGGUAA